CGUAAACGUUUAUCGACCACCGGCCAAUCGUUCCAUUUUAGUGGUCAGAUUCGUCACUACUGAACAAAGGGGGGGAAAAACGCAACUCUUGCGUCUUCGUCCGUCGUUUGUGUAUUUUUAGAUUCCAGUGACGGCGAAAGGAGGCCGUUCUUCCCCCUUCACUUCUUCCUCUGCUCUGUUGGUUGCAAUUGUUGCUCUGAUUCUUGAGAUGGGGUUCGCGGAGCUUCUGAGUUCAAUUGACUGGGAACAUGAAUCGUAUCCAGCUUACGAAGACUAUAUGGUUCUUCCAUUUUUUGCUUUCUUCUUCCCCACUGUCCGGUUCUUCUUAGACAGAUUCGUAUUUGAGUUAAUGUCCAUGUUGCAGAAAGUGGGGAGAAGAUUGAUUUUUGGAAAGGGAUACCAGAUUGUGGAGGAUGAUGCCGCAGACAGAAAGAAGAAGAUAGGAAAAUUCAAAGAAUCAGCAUGGAAAUGUAUCUACUUCCUUUCCGCUGAGAUUUUAGCUUUAUCUGUCACGUAUAAUGAGCCUUGGUUUACAAACACAAAAAACUUUUGGGUGGGGCCAGGAAAUCAAGUCUGGCCAGAUCAACAAAUGAAGUUAAAGUUGAAAGGCUUAUACAUGUACUCUGCUGGGUUUUAUACAUACUCAAUAUUUGCUCUCAUAUUUUGGGAGACAAGGCGUUCUGACUUCGGAGUCUCCAUGAGCCAUCAUGUUGCUACUGUCAUUCUCAUUGUUCUGUCCUACAUAUUUAGAUUUGGUCGUGUGGGUUCAGUUGUCUUAGCUCUUCAUGACGCUAGUGAUGUAUUUCUGGAGGUGGGAAAAAUGUCCAAAUAUAGUGGUGCUGAAGGCAUAGCAAGCUUUGCAUUUAUUCUUUUCGUAUUAUCGUGGAUCUUGCUCCGGCUCAUUUACUAUCCAUUUUGGGUCCUCUGGAGUACAAGCUAUGAAGUUGUCUUGACGUUGGACAAGAAGAGGCAUGACUGGGAGGGUCCGAUCUAUUAUUACGUGUUUAAUUCUCUUCUAUACUGCUUGCUUGUGCUUCACAUAUAUUGGUGGGUGUUGAUCUAUCGGAUGCUGGUCAAGCAAAUCCAAGCAAGGGGACAGCUAAGUGAUGAUGUUCGAUCAGAUUCAGAAGGUGAACAUGAAGAUUGACUGAAGGUACUCUUAGAUCUCAGAACCACAAAAUGGUCAACUUCUCUCUUUAUAAGUUCCUUACAACGACUUGAAAAUACCUCUUAGAAACAUGAUUAUUUAGGCAAUUGGUCAGGUUCCCAUGUUGCUUAGAAUGUGACUGUUCCUGAGGUUGUCAAACCCAUUCCUUGCCUUCCAACAUAUUGGCAGGUGAACGAUUUGGGGGGGUUUUCAUGUAAUGAAAUGUGAUUCGAGGAGAUACCCUUCACAAUUAGAAGGGAUUGUAUAUGGGUGUUAAUGCAGAUUGCUGAAGCAGAUGAAUACUAGCAAUAGAAGAGUAGUGGAGAUUGCUGAAGCAGAUGAAACAGAUGGACACUAGCAAUAGAGGAGUAGUGGAGAAAUCCAUUCUCCGGUAGCUCUGACGAUCAAUGAUUUGUUGUAUGGAAGGUUUUUCGUUUUCAUUUUAGUAUUUUUCCUGUGUAGGAUUGACUACUAAGAUACUACAUUUGUAGAAUCAGAUCCCCGUGGCCAAUUUGUGGACGAGCUUAUUCUUUAGCAUUUAUCUUCCUUUUCUUUUCUCCCCAAUUAUGUGUCCUCUUAUCAUAAGUUCAGAAACCAGAGCAUCCAGUUCUUGGAACUCACAUAUCAUGACAAAUUCGAGGGUUUUGGUUAUGAACUGGUGAUGAUGAUGUUGACGAGUCGGUGUUAUUGUACGUCUGCAACAUUUCGGCUGCAUAAUGUAACACUAUGAAAUGAAAUGGAGUUCAACGAAUAACGAGUUGGGAAACAGUAAUAUCUGCAAGUCCGGCAAUUACUAG